CUAGUCUCUCACUGCACCCAGCCCGCUCCGUUGCAUCUCCACACUUUCCUCCCCUCGCAUCUUUCUUCUAGCUAGUCCUCCUUCAGCUCUAUGUUGUUGCCACUGGUGCCAUUCAUAUACUGAAGCCCCCUAAAUAGUUGUACAAACAAUGAUCUACAGAGUAACGUCAUUGUUAAUACGGCACUAGGACAAGGUUCCAUGUUGUUCUAGUAACAACUAACAAGAGAAGAAUAACAGUAGUAACUUCCCCUGAAUCAGAGUAACACAGCUAGGGAGGAACAUCAUUGUUUAUACAACACUAGCACAAGGUUCCAUGUCCUUCUCGCUAAUUUGGCUGCAUGACAAUUAACACAAAGUAGCAACUCAAGAAAUUAACUUCCAAAAGGAGGCAGGGCCAGCCGAGGGACCCCAGCGAUUAGUUACUUCCCAUGAUCCCCACUGGCACAAAAAUUAGCUAGGAGAGCCAGUGCGAGGUCUGAACCCAAGUCUUAAUUUUAUUUGAGACCGCAUCACUGAGUGCUUAGUUAAUUGGCAGGGAUUAUUUUAUUGAUCCCAACCACUCAAAUGAAUUCACUCGACGCUACUCACAUCUUUAUAUCCCCCUCGUCCUGCAUUUCUCUGUCACUCCUACACAUCUCUCUGCAGUUUGCACAGCAAACACCCUCUCCGGCAUUGCUCCCUCCGUCUCAUCACAUCGCCUGCCUUCACGGCGAGGGAGUUCAUACUUCAUACCGCGUGAGGGCCGAUGGACGUUGCCGUCAGUGCGGCGUGGUGGGUGGUAGGCAAGGCACUGGGCCCCGUCUCAGAUGGCUUCCUGGAGGCUUGGGCUGCUAGCAAGGAUCUCGGCCCCAACGUCGACGCACUCAAGAUGGAGCUCUUGUACGUGCAGGGGAUGCUGAACAACACCCGUGGCAGGGAGAUCGACAACCCGGCCCUGAACGAGCUGCUGCAAAAGCUGCGGCAGCUAGCGUACGGGGCCGAGGACGUGCUGGAUGAGCUGGAUUACUUCCGCAUCCAGGACGGUCUCUACCGCACCUCGGAGGCUGCUGAUGAACAUGCCAAGGGUUGUGUAUGCAACCUCUUCCUCCACGCUCACCACACCGCCAAAGCUGUUGGCAAACUGCUUGGGUGCUCUGCACGCUCGUGUGCUGCUGCUAACCCUCGUCAUCCCGGGGAGCUGAGAUCGGAAGAAGAUACAAGGCAGCAAGUUCAGUGCUGCACUUGGCCAUGUGCCGGGAGAACUGCAAGUGGCAAUACCCCAUUGGUCCCAAACACAGACCAAGCUGAUGGGGAGGCCAGCGGAUGCAUUCGCAAGCUUGCUUCUGGUGCUCUCAACACCGUGCGUACUGUCGGUAAACUCUUCCCUUGCUCAUCCUUCCCACCCGUUCAUGAUGAUGUUUCUGGCAAGUCAGUCCUUUGUGGUGCCUGCAUACGCAAGGCACCACAGCAAAAGCAUGUGAAGGAAGCACGAAAAUUAGAGUUUGAUAGGGUGGAUUUAUCUACAAGAAUGAAGCAUAUUGUAGAGCAACUGCAGCCCUUAUGUGCAAAGGUAACAGUUAUUCUUAAUCUUGAGUUGUUGGGUUCUAAUCAUACUACCACCACAGACAUUCCCAAGAGUCCUCCCACCACCACCUCUGACAUUAUAGAAUCAACAUUGUACGGGAGGGACCCUGCGAAGAAGAGAAUCAUAGAUAUUAUCACUCAUGAUAAAUAUAGUGGCGAGAACCUAACUAUCUUGCCAAUUGUUGGUCCGGGUGGCAUAGGGAAGACAACUCUUAUACAACACAUAUAUAACAGCCAAGAAGUGAAAACACAUUUUCAGAUCAAGAUCUGGAUAUGUGUGUCCCAGAAUUUCAUUGUUAAUAAGCUAAUUGAAGAGAUUGAAAAAGCUAUACCUAGUGUGGAAGGUGAAAAAAAGGGUAGAGCAGAAGAGCUGAUUGAACAAAGAUUAAAUUCUAAAAGCCUUUUGCUUAUAUUAGAUGAUAUAUGGAAGUGUGAAUCUGCAGACUGGGAAAGGCUUUUAGUACCACUCACAAAAGGACAGGCAAAGGGUAACGUAAUUCUAGUUACAACUCGGUUUCCAGCUGUAGCAGAAAUUGUUAAAACAACUGAUAAUUCAAUAGAUCUGGAGGGUUUAGAACACGGUGAGUUUAGGAAAUUUUUCCGAGCAUGCAUAUUUGGAGAUGAGCAAUCACAAAAAGAUCAUGAUGGCUUGCUUAAUAUUGGAGAUAAGAUAGCAGAAAAGUUAAAGGGGUCCCCUCUUGCAGCAAAAACCGUAGGUAGAUUAUUGAGGAACCACCUUGAUGUGCAUCAUUGGACAAGAGUCCUAGAAAGUAGAGAAUGGGAAAUGCAGACCGGUGAGGGUGACAUUUUGCCUGCACUGAAACUUAGCUAUGAUUAUCUACCUUAUCAUCUGCGACAAUGUUUUUCCAGUUGUGCUUUGUUUCCUGAAGAUUACAAGUUUCACAGUGAAGAACUCAUUCAUUUCUGGAUAGGACUAGAUAUUUUACAUCCUGGUGGUCGAAAUAAAACAAUUGAAGAUGUAGGUCUGGACAAUCUAAAUGAUUUGGUGAACAGUGGAUUUUUCAAAAAAGAUGAAACUGACGGGCAUCCAUAUUAUAUCAUCCAUGAUCUGUUGCAUGAUUUAGCUUUAAAGGUUGCAUCUCAUGAAUAUCUUAGUUUGCAUCACUCUAAUGUGAGAUCAAUAGAAAUUCGGCCAUCUAUCCGUCACUUGUCGAUCGUGAUAGAUGGUCCAGAUGAUAGUAACGGGAUAACUGAUGAAAAAUUUAAGAGUGAGUUGGGGAAACUUAAGACAAAACUGAAGGUUGAGAACUUGCAAACAUUAAUUAUAUUUGGAGGAGGAGACAAAAGUUCUGUCAACAUUUUGGGUGAUUUGUUCAUGGAAGCAAAUGCUCUCCGUGUUCUUUGUUUGCCCACAUUAUCAUACCCCUUGGAAUCCAUGUUGCGUAACUUUUCAUCACUUCUGCACCUACGAUACCUAAAGCUAGGUACUUCUAUGAGCCAUAUGCAUUUACCAAUGACUUUAUCUAGAUUUUAUCAUUUGAAGAUUUUGGAUCUACAAAAAUGGGAUGCUUCUUUUCUGUUACCUAGAGACAUGAGUAACCUUGCAAAAUUAUGCCAUUUUCUUGCCCACCAUGAUGAGCUUCUUUCAGGUAUUUAUAAUGUGGGGAAACUAAAACUCUUACAAGAGUUAAGGGCUUUUGCCGUCAAUAAGGAAAACGAAGGGUUUGAAAUAAAUCAACUAGAGCAUCUGACCGAGCUAAGGGAAGUUGGCAUUUAUAACCUUGAGAAGAUACACACGAAAGAAGAAGCGGUUGAAGCAAAACUAAUACAGAAAGACUACUUGCACAAAUUAACACUAGAUUGGGAUAGUGAGCGACCUAAUAGUGAGCCUGGCGCGGAAGUAGUGGUUCUUGAGAGCCUUCAACCACAUAGAAAUCUUCAGGAGCUGAGAAUUACAGGACACCGUGGCCCUUCUUGUCCAACAUGGCUGCGUGAUAACCUGGUUGUUCAGGCUCUACAAUCUCUCUCUCUCUUCUCUGUUUCUUGGGAUAUUUUUCCUUCAUUUGGGAAGAUGUGGAAUCUUCGUGAGCUAGUAUUGUCGAAUAUUUCCACAAUAAAGGAGUUUGAUCUAGAGCAAAGCUUUUGCAAGUUAGUAAGGAAGAUUACACUCACUGGAUUAGAAAAUUUUGAAAAAUGGGUACCACAGCCCACUCAUUUCUUACCUCAUUUGCAAGUACUGAUUAUCACAGAUUGCCCUAAACUCUCAGAGCUGCCAUUUUCAAGCCACAUUGUUUACCCACUGAAACAAGACUGGAACAUAGAUUGGUUUCCCAAACUACAAAAGCUUAAGAUAGAAAACUGCCCUGAAGUGUUGCUACUGCCUCCUAUUCCUUGGACCCAAUCUUUGUGCUCUGUCAAGAUAAGUGAUGUGGGAUCAAAACUAGUGAAGAAGUUGGUCUACUCAAAAUCAUCUUCUGGAGUAGAAUUGGAAGUUAACGCACAGGAUGGUCUGCAUAACUUAGAUCAGGUGUUACUAUUCAGUCAACUUACAGAAAUUCAGGAGUUGAAGAUAAAAAAUUGCCCACCUUUGGAGCUGAAGUAUUUUAUAAUGCUAACCUCAUUGAAGAAAUUGUGGGCAUGGUCUUCAAAUCAUGGGGUGGUGGCAUCAGAAGUUCAGAGUGGUGGCGAAUGGCAGCAUCCUGUUGAGGACAUUAAAAUCUGGGUUUCUGAUUCUAGUGGAAAGGAAUUGACGCAGUUCUUGUCUCACCUCCCAAAGCUAUCCAAAUUGCAAGUGUAUCGUUGUGAAAACAUAACACAGUUUGCUGUGGGGGUGGAUUUGCAGCAAACAACAUCACCAGUAGUAUCAUCGUCAACCUCUUCAGAUGUUACAAUUGAUGAAACACAAGCAAAAGAUGAGCAGCAAGAAAUAGCAGAGGUGGAGAAGGAGGAGGCAAACACGGUGGAUGAUGAUGGGCUGUUGCUCCUCCCUGCACAUCUCUCCAACUCUCUGCAGACGUUGGUCAUCAAAAUAGGUGGUGCGGUUGUUCAUUCCCUCAGUGCCCUCCAAGCCAUAACUACCCUUUGGUUAGAAGAUUGUUCUUUUUACCACCCUUUCCCUCCCACGCUGCUAGACCUGCAACUUUCGUCCGUGAAGGGCGUGCAGACGAUGGAGUCCCUUUCAAACCUCACCUCUCUUACCCGAUUAGAAAUAUAUCGUUGCGGAGAGGAUUUAAGAUGCGAGGGCCUGUUGCCUCUCCUUACUCGGGGCCAGCUCAGCAAUUUAAAAGUCAAAGGAAGCCCCAAUUUCUUUGGUGGGUGGGAUCCCAAUCCCAUGCGGGGGAUGACAGAAUCCAAACUGCAGAAUCUCGAAACAGAUGACAUCGAGGGCUUACUCGAUGCGCCCGUCCUCUGUAGCCUCCUCUCUUCCUCCCUCACAUCGUUGGACUUUAUUGGGAACCAUGAGACGACGCGCUUCACAAAGGAGCAGGAGGAGGCCUUUCAACGCCUCACCUCGCUCCAGGAACUCUGGUUUUGGGGUUGCGACAAGCUCGAGCACCUCCCUGCAGGCCUAAACAAGCUGACCAACCUCAAGAGAUUAUGGAUCUGGUGGUGUCCAGCCCUCCGGUCGCUGCCCAAUGGCGGCCUCCCGAGUUCACUGCGAGAAUUAGAUGUCAACAGGUGCGACAACGAGGAGCUAACAAAGCAGUGCAGGCGGUUGAUGGGAACCAUUCCGAAAAUCAUACUAUAGACCAAUCCAAGCUGGUCUCUCUGCUGGGAGUUGUGCAUUCUUCUACCCUUGUGGAAUUCUCUCCAUACAUGGACAGUGGCGCAUGAGGGUUCCGUGUGGUAUUUUCUUCAUGUACAUAAUAUGGUUUCCUUGUUCAUCAAGUCGACAGACAGAGUCAUGCAAGGUUGAACAUGAAAUCUGUACUUCAGUGUUAGUUCAGAGGAGCACUGGAUGCAGGGAUUUUGCAAAGAGCAGCAGUUUCAGAACACGGCAUUUUUGACAAAGGACCAUUUGAGCGGUGAAAACAGUGUUACCAUGGAACAACAUUGAUAGGUUGUACAACAGCGAUGCUCUCAGUGCUUGUUUUGGCUUUGACUUACGAGAACUAAGCACCAUGUUGCAUCAUCGAGGAGCUAGGACAGGAGUUAAUCAGGAACCAUCCUGAAAAUCAUACUAGAGUACUAGACUGAUCCAAGGUUCUCUGUCUUGGGAGUUGUACACUUUUUAGCCUUGUUGAAUCCACCCCGUCCAUACAAAGUCUGCACAUGAGGAUCUUGUGUUGUAUCUUCUUACUGUACAUAGUACACAAAUCUGUUACAUUUUGAUCGUCACUCAACAAGACUGGCUGGUGUACUUAGCUUGUUUGGCUGUGAGGAUCGUAAUGCUGGAAUAUAUAUUGCUGAUUUGCUACUGAAUAUAAGGACCUUUACAAGAAUACCCUUCAUACCAUCACAGUGCUUACGUGUUGCCUAAAGCCAGCCGAGAUCUCAAGCUGUCAUUAAUUGAUGUGGCCUGUGGACAGGUCUGGAAUUCAACAAUUAAGUAGUAGCAGAUCUGUGCAAAGGUUAGUAAACCCCCCUGCUGAAAUUCACGAUCGCUUUAGCUAUGAUAGGUUGUAUUCAAAGUGGAAUUGUCAAACUCUUAUUACCUCAUGAGACCAAGGUUAGAGAACUUGUUGCUUUCUUGAUAUGUCGGCAGUCUAGCUUUUUAGCACGCUCAUAAUCUCUGAAUUCAUUGCCAUGUUGAAUUAAAUAACACAAGAGAGUUUUCAGGUAGAUAUAGUUGUAAAGGUAGAGAACACUUGUUACUAGGUGAUUGAUGAACAUUGAUAGGGCAAAAAGACUUGAGCUUGCUAAUUUUUACUCAUAGAACCUGCUGAGUUGAGUAUGGUGAAGGUGAUUUUAUUCUCUUCUUGAUUUGGAGUAUUUUUUUCCCAUCCCACCAAUGCCAAAAAUAGAGCAGAUUCCAGAGCCUUGAUUAUUCGCAAUUUGAAUAUUUUUAGUGCGUAUUGUUAAGUUUGAUGUUCCUCUAGUCUGAAUUCUUUCAAAGCCAGUCAUUCUCUUCGCGUAACUUUACACUUUCCAGCCUCUUCACUCGGCAUUGCAUUCCUUCAUAAGGAUAUCAUGAACAUUGCCGGUGUACAUAUACAAAUCCCGGAAAUUGAACCAUUGCCUUCCAUUUGUUCACACCAUACCUGCCUAUAUAGUACAUCACUUUGCACCGGGAAUUCCAUAGUAGUUGAUUAUUCCAUGAGCACAGUCAUCAAAGUUCGAGAAGACUCUAAAGGGCUUUAUUGCCAUCAACCCUGCAAAAUUCAUUAUUAUGAAGAGCUAUAUUCAUCAGCAUUGGUUCCUCUCUUAGAUACAAAUGAAAAAAAAAGAAAUAAAGAAAAAGCGAGAUGAGCACCAUGCAAAAGAUCAAAGGGUUCAUUCUCAAGCAGGACAAAAUAGCCAGCAGCGCUUCCAUAUUCAUGUGCAGAUUAAUCAAACUACUAUCUAUGCAUAUCGAUAACGGGAACAUCACUCACAUCCCGGGAUCACCUUACAUUGCAUAGGCCUCUCAAAUCAUUUCUUUGGUGUGAGUCCAUUCCCUCCCACAUACCCUGAUACUACUUCUUUCAAUGACUGGAACUAAAGACUUCUUUGUACUGGAGUUGAACUCUUAUUUAGCUUUACAAUCUAGAUUCAGAUUUGCUAUUUUUUUAAUUACCUUACCAAGCUCCAGAUAAGCUUUCCACAAAUAUAAAGUAGAUAGGGAAUACUUGGGCUACUGGCCAGUGAGGACUAUAUAAUUAUGUGACGAGAGUAAUUCCAGAUCAUGACGAGGUAAUUUCACUAGAUACCUGCUCUUGGAAGAUUCACAAAGGAAUAAAAUUGUUGGCUACUCAUGUUUCCUUUUGUUCUUGACAUUGAAGUCAAACAACCAAGUGAUUAGUGUUCAAAAACUUUUAUAGCUAUAUUGUCGAUGCUGGUUACUCUCAAAAAUUGAAAUCUAUUCCCUACUGGCAAUGAAUAAGAGUAGUUAUUUAAGUGUGCUCAAUCGCUAGCUUGCUACUUUUAUAAGUUUGCAGGAAGUGCCUCGACCCGAAGUUCAUGAGGGUUUCAAUAAUUGUUUGCACAUGAACACUUGUUUGCAAUCUAGCUAUGCUAAGCUUUCAGGUAUUUCACAAGCACGGAGGCAAGUUGAAUCAGGAGCCUAAAUCAUCUGGCCGCGAUUGGAGACUCUCCUCUUUUCUCAUGGGAAGACCCAGAAAGGGAGAGGCCUGAGAUGAAUCAUGUAUACCUUUUGUUUCUCUUUGUAGCCACUUUCUUCCUGAUAAUGCUAUAAGGAAGUGAGAAUGGUUUUUUCACACCUAGUACUACUUUCCUUGCAGCUUCAGUUUGUAGUAGGUUUCGAUGGGUGGUAUGAAAACAGGACAAAAAAUUUCAUUUGUUUUCUCAGCGUGGACAUGUAUAUUCAGUGUAAUGAAGUGCAGUUGUUUGCAAUAGUAUCUUCAUAUCUGAACC